AUGGUCAAGACACUCCCCUUUGCUGCCAACCUCGAAGUGCCCACCCCAGGCUUUGGGGCAAUGGGUCUCAGCUUCGGUCUGGGUAGCAAUCUAUCACUCGAAGAAGCCGAGCCCGUGCUCCUGAAAGCAAUUGAACUGGGGUGUACAUUCUGGGAUACAGCUGUCGUCUAUCAAGCCGGUGUUAACGAGAAACUUCUCGGUGACUUUAUCCGGAAACAUAACGUCCGUGACAAGGUUUUCAUCGCCUCGAAAUGCGGCUUCAAUGUCUUCGGAGACGGAAGCGUCACCAACUCCGCCGCACACAUUAAGGAGUACAUCGAGGGUACCAUUCAACGACUAGGCUUCACCCCCGAUCUAUACUAUCUGCAUCGGAUUGAUCCCAAAACCCCAUUGGAAGAAUCCAUCCCAGCCCUCGACGAAAUCCGCAAAGCCGGCAAAACCAAAUACAUCGGUCUCUCUGAAUGUUCGGCAGCGACACUCCGUAAAGCCAAUUCCAUCGCCAAAAUCGACGCCAUCCAAGCCGAGUACUCAGCCUUCGAAACCCUCCACGAAACAGACGGUCUUAUCGAUACAGCCCGAGAACUCAACAUAGCUUACGUGGCUUACAGUCCCCUAGGUCAUGGGUGGCUGGUUGAUAACUUCCCAUAUAAGACCCCGGAUGACUUUGCGCCGGAUGAUUUCCGUCGUAAAAGUCCCAAAUUCCAAGGCGAAAACUUCUACAAAAACCGCGCAAUCGUAGACGAAAUCAAGAAACUCGCUGCUCGGAAGGGCUGCGCCAUUAGUCAAAUUGCGCUGGCCUGGGUUGCUGCGCAAGGAUUCAUCGCUAUCCCCGGAACGACGAAGGCUGGUCGAUUGGAGGAGAACUGGGCUUCGAGGGAGAUUGAGUUGACGGAGGAGGAGAAGUUGGAGAUGAGGAGGAUUAUUGAUGCUGCGAAGCCGCAUGGGAAUCGGUAUGGGCCUGCGCAUCAGGCUAUGGUUGGGCAUUAG